AACAUAAAUCCCCAAAUUGAAAAUUUCAAGCCUUUAGGUCUCUCUCUUACUCUCCCUCUCAAUUGACCGGCAUGAGCACUCCCAUGGAGCUCUCACUCCAAAACCCUACGUCAGAGGAGAUGAUUAUUAACCUUCAGAAUCAUUCACUGGAAAUCUCUCAUCAAAACCCUUCUGAAUCAGUGUCUUUCACCGACCAGAAUGGCGUCGCUGAGCCAAGCCUUGCAACAAAUCCUCCAUUGCCAUGCCUACACGAACAUAAAUUUCUCGUAUCUGUCGAAGUCUGCUUAAAACCUUCGAGCACAGCUCGAUUUGAAGAUGUACGAAGAGCUGUGGAACGGAUGUUGGAGAAGAGGAGCAUGAGCUAUGUCGAUGGGCCGGUCCUGAUUCCCUCGGAUGAUUCAUUUCUUCUGGAAAACGUGCAAAAGAUAUGCAUUUGUGAUACGGAGGAAUGGGUGAAAAACAAUGAUGUUCUGUUGUUCUGGCAAGUAAAGCCGGUUGUCCAUGUCUUCCAGCUAAUUGAGGAAGGACCAUGUGAGGAAUUGAGUGGAGAUGGGCAAAUGGCUAGUUUCAAUGAAUGGAUUCUUCCUGCGAAAGAGUUUAAUGGCUUGUGGGAAAGCCUAAUAUAUGAAUCAGGACUCAAGCAACGAUUACUAAGAUAUGCUGCCAGUGCAUUGCUGUUCACGCAGAAAGGUGUAGAUCCAAAUCUUGUAUCAUGGAACCGCAUUAUUCUGCUGCACGGACCACCAGGGACUGGCAAAACAUCUCUAUGCAAAGCCUUAGCUCAAAAGCUAUCAAUUCGGUGCAACUCCAGAUAUCCACAUUGCCAACUGGUCGAGGUCAAUGCUCACUCAUUAUUUAGUAAAUGGUUCUCCGAGAGUGGCAAGCUGGUUGCUAAGCUUUUCCAAAAAAUUCAAGAGAUGGUAGAGGAAGAUAACAACCUUGUAUUUGUUUUGAUUGAUGAAGUUGAAAGUCUUGCUGCAGCUCGGAAAGCUGCAUUGUCUGGUUCAGAACCUUCAGAUUCUAUCCGGGUUGUGAAUGCACUACUUACCCAAAUGGACAAAUUGAAAUCUUCACCGAAUGUGAUAAUCCUCACAACAUCAAACAUAACUACUGCUAUUGAUGUUGCAUUUGUCGAUCGAGCUGAUAUUAAAGCAUAUGUUGGCCCUCCGACCCUUCAUGUUCGUUACGAAAUUUUGAGGUCUUGCCUUGAGGAACUUAUACGUAAAGGAAUCAUAUUAAACUUCCAGGGCUCUGAUGAACUUGCUAUUCCAAGCUUUUCUAGCCUGAAAGAGAAAUCGAAUAUAACCAAUAUUCAUGACAUGAAAACAGUUCCCUGGUUCUGUAAACAAUUGGUAGAAGCCGCUGAAGCAUGUGAGGGUUUAAGCGGAAGAUCAUUGAGGAAGCUUCCAUUUCUGUCACAUGCAGCGCUUGCAGACCCAAAUGGCCAUGACCCGAGUGAGUUCUUGUGUUCUAUGAUCGAAACCGCUAAGAGAGAGAGGUCUGAACUGCAGGAAUGAACAUCUUGUGAGCCGAUAAGGCAUGAUCAACGGCAUUGUCCAUAGCAAGCGAAUACAUAUGUUCAUUAUAAAGUAAACCUUGUAGGACAAAACAAGUAUACUGAAAUAGAGUAUGAUAUGGAAGUUAGAGUUAUAAUGUUCUGGGAUUA